AUGGCCAUUCAGACCCUGCAGGGGGCGGAUCUUCUAGCUACAAGACUGAAUUCCUUAGUCCUAGUGCCCGAUUUCUUCGAAGGAAAUUAUGCCCAGCCCGAAUGGUUCCCGACGGACACAGAAGAGAAGAAAAACGCCAUUACAAGCUUCGUCUCCAAUGAAGCCUCGAUCCCGAGGAACGUGGACACUCUGCUAGAGAUAACUAAGCAGUACAACACGCUAUUUCCGUCUGUGUCAAAAUGGGCUGCACUGGGGCUAUGCUGGGGUGGGAAGGUUGCUGUUCUAGCUUCUGGUCCCGGUACGCCGUUUGUAGCUACUGGGCAGGUUCAUCCCGGUCGGACUGACAAAACGGAUGCUGAGAAACUUACAAUUCCGCAUAUCGUACUUGCAUCCAAGGAUGAGCCCGCGGGGGAAAUCCAAGGCUAUGCCGAUGUCAUCAGCUCGAAUGGUAUCGGCGGCCACGUCGAAACAUACAGCACCAUGUGGCAUGGCUGGAUGGGAGCCCGUGCCAACCUUGACAAUGAAGAAAGCAAUGCUGAAUACAGACGAGGGUAA